AUGACCGACUCAUCCCCCGAGCGUCCUCAGGCGGACCAGGACGACGUGUUGGAGCUCAACAAGGAUUUAGAGAAGAUGACAGAAUGCGCUGAAAACAUGUCAGUGCAGUUGACCUGGAUGGCCUACGACCUGGUGGCCCUGCGGACAAGCCCCGAGCUGGGGGCCCUGCUGCAGGGGCUGGAGGAGGCGUAUCACCGCUGCAGAGCCGCUGUGUGUGGAGCCCGGAGCCGGGAGCCAGAUCUGGAGGACCGGGAUGAUCCCUCUCAGAUCUGA